AUGCUCGCUGGUUUUAAGUGCAUCAAUCUACUGCGCAACGAUGGACACAUUUGGUCAAUAUUUGUCACAAAUUCUGCAGCCGGAGUGGCCAAAGCAGACGCAGAUGAGUCGGAAACAGUCUUUUUCCCUAGUGCUCUUGGCACAGCCCCUUCAUACGAAGAGUAUCAUGGGGCGUUUACGGAAAUUACCACCAUUUCGAAUCUCCGACAGUAA